UUAAUGGAUGACGAGCUGGAGGAUAAAGUUUUCUAUCAAACCUACGUUUCACACAUGAAGAUAUUAUCGAAAUUUGCAGUGGGCUUUUCGUCCCUUAACUCACCAUUGGCAUAUUUCUGGAAAUUGUGUCGUCUCUAUGUUUUUCGCCCGGAGGUGAUAUUCUGUGGUGUACUCUUAUUUUUUUUACUUAUCUAUUUACAAGCUGUCGAUACAUGGUCACGUGGCCUACUGGGACGUAUACAGGCGACAUUAAGCGGUCGUCAAAAAUCGAAUCGUCUAAAAUUGCUGGAAGCCUCAGGCCAAGGUGAUCAUCAGUCAUGGGAAGCAAUACGCAGUCAGAGUUCAGCAUAUGCGAUAUUGGGACGAAGACCACGCAUGGAAGAUCGUUUUAUUUUGGAAGAGAAUAUCAACAACAAUACAGGCAUUUCAUUCUUUGCCGUAUUUGAUGGACAUGGCGGUGAAUUUGCCGCCGAUUUUGCCAAAGACAUUUUGGUUAAGAAUAUCUACAACAAAGUUAUAGAAACAACAAAACUAUUGAAUGCCCAAAAAUUAGAACAGAAACAUUUGUCAGCCGCAAAUGCCGCCGACGUGGACAAGGAUUAUGUGGAAUACGAUGCCAGUCCGUAUUUAAAACGUAGGGCCAGCCGCAAUGAUGGUGGUGACAAUAAAGAAAAUGAACCAAUAGUUAGACGUCGUGAUAGUUUACGAAAAACAACGAGUGUAAAUGAUGAUUGCACAUCUCGCAAAACGACUGGCGAUAAAAAAGACCCAUCCGAUGUUUUCACCAUGCAAUUGAAUUCUCUGUUGCGCGGUGUCGGCGGAAGCACUAAGAAUAGCUUUUUCAACAACAAUAACAAAGACUCGAAUUUAGGUGAAGAUGCUGGUGGUGGUCCACCACAACAAUUUGAUGCCAGUUGUUAUGUGGAAAAUGGCAAAAUUAAUUUUGGUAAAUUAAUAACAGACGAAGUUUUGGCAGCCGAUCAUAAAUUGGUGGAGGCCGCUAAGAAAACGACAAAUAUUGCCGGUACCACAGCUUUAAUAGCCAUCAUACAUGGCAGUCGUUUAAUAGUGGCCAAUGUUGGUGAUUCCCGUGGUGUUAUGUGUAAUGCCCGAGGUGUGGCCAUACCAUUGUCAUUUGAUCAUAAACCGCAACAGGUAAGAGAACGCAAACGCAUUCACGAUGCCGGUGGUUUUAUAGCCUUCAGAGGUGUGUGGCGUGUAGCUGGCAUUUUGGCAACAUCACGGGCCCUGGGUGAUUAUCCCUUAAAAGACAAAAAUCUAGUCAUAGCUAAUCCUGAUAUUUUAACUUUCGACUUAAAUGAUCAUAAACCCUCAUUUCUGAUUUUGGCAUCGGAUGGUCUAUGGGACACAUUUACCAAUGAGGAGGCAUGCUCAUACAUCAAAGAACACCUUCAUGAACCAGAUUUCGGAGCGAAAUCAUUAGCUCUACAAUCGUAUAAUCGUGGUUCCGUUGACAAUAUUACUGUGCUAGUGAUAAUCUUUAAGAAUGGCAUGUACCGAAUUGGUUCCUCGUCAUCAUCAUCAUCAUCGUCGUCUGCAACACAAAACAACAAAGCAGCUUCGUCGUCGGCAUCAGCAGCUGCAAGUCAAGUAGUAAAUAAGCAUCUAAAUGAACCCAACGCGAAAUCUGCAGCAUCACUUAUUGGCAAUACCAAUUUAAAUCGUUCAAAUAGUGGUCGUGCGAAAUAG